CGGUCAUGUCAACGUCAAAGUCACAUUGCGCAGUAAUUUGAGGUUAUUUUAGUCAAAAUAACACGUCUUUUACGAAUUUUGAAUUAAAUGUAUUAAAAUGAGUAAGAAACUGAAUAACAUGAAAUGGGAGUCGGUGGCGCUGGAUGGUUUUCCCGCGUCCAUGACCGACAAAUUCCAAGGAUUUGUGGGGUUGGAAGAGUGCACAGACUAUAGUUUUGAUAAAGAAAAGCGGUCUAAAAAGAACAAACAAAAAGAAAAACUCAAACCAGAGAAACCUACACAGAAAGAAAAAAAUGAACAGAAAAAAGAAAAGAAGAAACGUAAAUCUUCUGAAAGCUUACCGCAAGAAGUACCGAGCAAAAAAGUAAAACUAGACAAUGGUUUCAUUGUAGAAUCAUGUAACGUAACCGCACCAUCUUUAGCCAACAGUAAACAAAAAAGGAACAAAAACAAAAAUAAGAAAAACAAGAACAAGAAAACAACAGAACUAAAAAACAAUACAGAGAAUAAUGACUCGCAAGCUCCAACUAAAACAAAAAAUAAGAAAUCUAAGAACAAAAAUAAUAAAGCUACCGAUUCUGUGAAAGGUAGUGAAAAUGUUCCCAAAAAAGUGAAAGCCAAGUUAGGGGACUUACCGCAGUCUACGUCAGAGUUGACUCCAGAAGAUAUGCUGACUUGGGCCGAGUUUAAAUUGCCGGAACCAAUAAUAAGGGCUUUGACGGAGCUGGGAUUCAAACAGCCGACGAAAAUACAGCAGUUGACAUUGCCAGCGGCUAUUCAUGGACGAAGAGAUAUCCUCGGUGCAGCAGAAACCGGUAGUGGUAAAACAUUAGCUUUCGGUCUACCAAUCCUAUCUGGAAUCCUCAAACUAAAAGAAAAAGCUGAACUCAAAAACCUUGAUAUCUAUGACAUACCAUUCAAAAAAUCAUCCGCUAAGAAAACAAAUCCUGAACCAAAAGAUGACAAGAAACAAAGAUUUAAGAGGAAAGAUAGGAAAAGAUUCAAUGACAAAAAGAAAGAAGUGAAAGAAGUAGUACCACCCAAAGGUAAAGAUAAAGAAUCUUCUGAAGAUGGCUACAGCAGUGGAGUUGAGAGUAAUGAUGAAUCUGAACUUACAAAACCAAAGCAAGACAAUUACACAGAUGAUGAUUAUUUAGAAGAAAUAGAAGUACCGGUGAGAAAAAGAGAGAAUUCUGCUGACGAAGGAAAUGACAGCGAUGAUGAUGAGAAUUAUAUUCAUCUGUCAGAUAUGUUGGAUUCUGAUGAUUUGGCUGAAACUAGCGAUGAUGAUGAUGAUGAUGAAAAUGCUAGUGGGGAUGAUGAAAUUGAAGGGGAAGUUGAGAGUGAUGAAAAUGAUGAUCAAGAAAGUGACGUAGAUGAUGAAGAGAGUGAGGAAGAUUUAGAAGCAGAUGAUGAUGAUGAUGAUGAAGCUGAGGUGGAUGAUGAAGAAAUUGAAGAAAAUAGUGAUGUUCCCGAUGAAGGAAAUGAAAAUGAACAAGGUAUAGGCUGCGUGAAAGUGGUAGAUAACAUAGAAAUCCCGGGACACGUGUCAGUGAGGACCGGCAAGCCGUUGUUCGCGCUAAUACUCACGCCUACCAGGGAACUUGCUAUACAGAUCAGUAGGCAUUUGAUAGCUGCAGCUAAAUAUACAGGUAUAAGAGUAGCAACGAUAGUAGGCGGCAUGGCAGCCGUGAAACAGGAGCGGGUGCUCCGCUGCGGGCCCGAGGUGGUGGUGGCGACUCCCGGCCGCCUGUGGGAGCUCAUCACCCAGGGCCAGCCGCAUCUGCAGCAGCUGGACUCUGUCAAGUUCCUAGCAAUAGACGAAACAGACCGCAUGAUAGAGCGCGGCCAUUUUGAAGAGCUAACUCCUUUACUAGAGCGACUGAACGUUGACGAAGAACGCCGCGCCGCUAGACAGAAUUUUGUGUUCUCCGCAACCCUCACUAUGGUACAUGACCUGCCCUCGCAUAUGAAGGGGAAGAAGGUGACCAAACACGGCAAGAUAUUGAACAGGAAGAUAGAAAAGAUGACUCCUCAACAGAAGAUCAAUAGACUGGUCAAAUUGAUCGGCAUGACUGAUAUCAAAGUUGUUGAUAUCACUACUCAUAACUCUGGGACAGCAGAGAACCUAACAGAGUCGCGAAUAACUUGCGCUCUAGAACAUAAAGAUGCAUACCUAUACUAUAUUAUAAAGAGACAUCCUGGUCGAACCAUAGUGUUUUGUAACUCUAUAGGCAGUGUAAAGAGAUUGGCACAAUUAUUCACGCUGCUCAAGUGUCGCCCUCUACCGCUACACGCGAGCAUGCCGCAACGACAGAGAAUCAAGAAUUUGGAGAGGUUCCGCGACGACCCUCACGGCAUACUAAUAGCCACAGACGUAGCAGCCCGAGGCCUGGACAUCCCGAACAUAUCUCACGUGAUCCACUACACACUCCCGCGCACGGCGGAGGGCUACGUGCACCGCAGUGGACGCACAGCCAGGGCCAGUGCUGAGGGACUCACUAUACUCAUCAUGGACCCUUCCGAGGCUUAUAGCUAUGUCAAAAUGUGUAGGACUUUGAAUAAAACAUCAGACAUUCCGACGUUCCCCGUGGAGUCAGCAGUCCUCACUCCUCUCAAAGAACUGAUGGUGGUAGCCCGUGAGCUGGAUGCUCUAGAACUGAAGAAACGAAGGUCGGCCCAGGCUCAGGGAUGGAAGGAGAGGGCUGCGAGGGAAAUGGAUAUUAUCAUUGAUGAUGAUGAUGUUCCUGUAAAACAAGUGGACUCUUCUAUAGAAAAGGCAUUAAAAGCCAAACGUCGUCAAUUAGACGCCAUGCUGUCCCGGCCCAUAUACCCGCGAGGCUUCUCCUUCAAGUACCCCACACUCAAUGAUGUUACUGCCUUCCAGAGCAGUGAGGAAAAUGCUUUGCAGGUCAUGAAAAAGGCGAUAGAAUCUGGCCAACUGAAGAAAGAAAAGAGAAAAACUAAGAACGCUCCUCUUUUACAACUGCAGAAGAAAUUAAAACAAUAAAGAUAUUGUUACGUAGGAAUAAAAUCUAUACAAUUAUGUA